AAAUCACACGGAUCGAUGACGUGGCAAAAUAUAAACGAAAUCCCGCGUAAACCCUAAACUUCAAUUUUUUCUCUUUUCAGAUUUUGUGAGCGUUUUCUCUCCUAUACCCUUCAUUCCAACCCUUCUUAUCCCCUUCUCCCCUCGCUCCAGAAACCUCACAACAACGCUCCCAACUCGUUGCCCUCACUCGCUCUGACUCACUCCGAAUCCGUAACUCGUUUUCGUUUAUUUUCUUCGAUCGUCAUGCCGAAAGCCAAAUCCGACUCCAAAGCCGCUGAUAGCCGGUUGAAACGGAAAGGCGCUGGAACUGGAAGGAAGCAGACGAAGAAAGCUGCUAAGGAUCCAAACAGGCCUAAGAGGCCUCCCAGUGCUUUCUUCGUUUUCAUGUCUGAUUUUAGAGAACAGUAUAAGAAGGAUCAUCCUACCAACAAAUCUGUUGCCGCUGUUGGAAAAGCUUGCGGUGAAGAAUGGAAAUCCUUGACUGAAGAGGAAAAGGCUCCCUAUGUUGCUAGGGCAUUGAAGAAGAAAGAAGAGUAUGAUAUAACUCUUAAAGCUUACACUAAGAAACUGGAGGGGGGGAAAGAUGAUGAAGAAGGUUCUGACAAGUCAAAAUCUGAAGUCAAUGAUGAGGACGAAGAUGAGGAUGAUGAAGAAGAUGAUGAUGAGUAGAGUUGCUGUUACACAAAAUCUUAAUGAGGGAGAAGGUUCUGACAAGAUUAGGAAAGUUGGGGAAACAUAUGUUAUGUUUAGAUUGGGUUAUUAUAUGUUGGGAAGUUUCACUAAUGUACUGUUAUUUUUAAGAUAGUUUAUGGAUUUUUGUUGUCUUUUCUAGAGAUUUUAGAUAGUGAACAAUCCUAAUUAUCAUUAUCCUGUAAAAGUCAAUGCUAUGAUACUUUCAAUUCUGUUC